AUGUCACUUUUCCAGAAUUUAGAUGAUUGGUCAUUCGAUGUAUUUGCUCUUGAUGAGGUAGCACAAGGUUCACCUUUGAAGUGUAUCGGAUAUUAUCUACUCAAUCGUCAUGGUUUGAUACGAAAAUUCAAAAUUCCACCUCAAACCUUAGAAAACUUCUUGACUAGAAUUGAAGAAGGAUACUGUCAUCACAAGAAUCCAUAUCAUAAUAAUCUUCACGCCACAGAUGUAGCACAAACGAUGCAUUAUAUUUUAUAUAAGACUGGAUUUAUGAAUUGGUUGACAGAGCUCGAAAUCUUUGCUGCAUUUAUAGCAGCAAUAAUUCAUGACUAUGAGCAUACUGGAACAACUAAUAAUUUUCAUGUCAUGGCUGGCAGUGAUACAGCACUUUUGUACAAUGAUCGUGCAGUACUGGAAAAUCAUCAUGUGUCAGCGACUUUUCGGUAA